AUGACCCAUCACACUCGAGUGGCGAGCUCCGGUGGUCGACUAGACCGAAGAAGGACGUGGGAAGAAGCAGUGACGUUGCUUUGCGGUUGUCGAACGGGAGUGAGAAGCGAGGGCAAAGGAGGUCUCGGUCCUUGGGCCGGUCAUGAAGAUGAAGCGGCGUUUGGUCGACGAGAAGGAGGACAUUUGGCUCGAUGGAGUAAGGCAAGUGGAAACAGAAGCUCCGAUGGGGGGUUUUGGCAGUGGUGCUCGAUAGAAGAAGAGGAACGAAUCUCCCGUGGUUCACGAAGAGACAGGUAUACCCUAGAACAAGAUCAAAGUCUACUUGUGUUCUUGACUGAAAAGAAAGAAUUUUGGAUGUUUAGGUUUAUUGUUUGGGUUUUGGCAACAUCUGAGCUUAUAAAGGCUAAUUUGGAGCUAACUCUUAAACAAUACAGACCAAUGGUGUUGUCCUAUUUGUCAUUUUCCAAGUUUACCCUCAGCACGGUGGCCCCUCGGUUUAUAGGAGUUUCUACUGUUGAAGAUGGAGGUGAAGGAAUAACUAUGGACAUGGAAAUGAAUUGGGAUGGAAACCCUAGGUUGGAAGGUUUGGAUGCCGGCUUAGCAUCGGUGUUGGAAUCGAUGGAAUUCUGUUUGGAGUUGCGGGGUUCGAAAGCUUGUGCUUUGGAGGACUUCGCAAAAGCUAUCAAUCUAGUGCAUCUCAGGAAGGAUCUUGUGGAAAGUGGUCAUGUGUUGCUAAACCAUGCUUAUCACAAUCAACAAGAAUACGAAAGGUAUGAGGGUGGAACUGGAAUCCGUGAUUCCGAUGGAAUUGGAAUAUGUGAUUCCAAUCCGAUGCCAAAUAAAUGGAGUUUAAUUCUAUCCGAAGGUAGAACCAGACUCAGUGAUUCCGAUAGAAUUGGAAUUAGUGAUUCCGACGGAACCAAAACCCUACAAAAACUUCAAAUGAAAACCAAAAUUGCAAGAGAACCUUUUGACAUUAUGGUUAAUGUAAUGGAAUGUAUUUUUGUAUAUGUAUGA